AUGGACUUGGCCUACAAUCAACACGCCGACCGAGCGCGGCGCAAGAACCGCUCCGGCACAAACAUCAACCACCUCUCGCUCGCGCCCCUCACCGCCAAGCUCCCCCUCAACGACGGCGACGACGUCCUCGACUCCCCCGCCCAUCCCUACACCACCUCGUACCUCCAGGGCAAGUCGGCUCCCACGACGCCGCGCCUCCUCUCCCGCUCCGCCACGCCCUCGCGCUCCCGCUCCCACCAGCGCGUUCCCUCAGCCCCGGGCAUCCCCAUCACCAAGAGCGUCUCCACGACCCAUCUCGCCGCCACCUCCCACCCGAAGAGACCCGCCUCGGGCACGGCAACACCCCGCCGGCGGAGGGACGAUGCCCUGGACGGCGGCACCGACAGCGAUUGGCUGCUGCGCACCGGCGCCCUCAUGAGCUCCGAGGCCCGCGAGUACAAGGGCCAGGCCUGGCUCGUCUCGCGCCAGAGCUCCACCAGCCUCACCGGCAUGCGUGAUGCCGACGAGGAGGCCUUUGAGCUCGAGCUCGCCCGCGAGCGCGACAUGGCCAGCCGCCUCGCCAGCCGCCGCGGUAGCUCCGUCCUGGCCGACGACGACGCCACGCCCAACGGCAGCAGGUUCCCCAGCCGCUUCCACAGCCGUUCCCACAGCAUGGCCGAGUCGCACAGCCACGCCGGCACCCCGCUCGACCGCCCGGACGAUGGCGAGGGCUCCUACUUUCCCGGCCAGGACGUGUCCAUCGUCCGGCCCGACUUUGUCGACCUUGACGAGAAGCUCGAGGAGCUCGAGCUCGACACGUCGUACGACGACGAGGCCACGGUCCGCCGCCUGGUCCGCCGCGGCCUGGCCGGCAAGGGCUCCUGGAUCAGCAAUGUCAUCGGCUGGUCGCUCUUCUCGGUCGACGAGGACGACGAGCACUCGGCAGACGACGACGACGAUGAAGAUGAAGAUGACCGAGGAGGGGCGCUCGCCGAUGAGGACAUGCUGCGGGAGGGUCGCACCGGAUGGUCGGCGCGGCACUUUGAGGGCGUGUCCAACGCCCCCCCGUUGGAGCGCAUCCCGCCUCCCGCAACGGACGCGGGCGGGUGGAAGGAUGCCGCCUGGCUUCUGAGCGUGGCUUCCAAGGUCGUUUUCUGA